AUGGAAGUUCUCACUGCUAUUGCUGGAAAAAUAGCAGAGUUAACUGUGAUACCCAUUGGUAGGCAAGUGGGAUAUUUAUUAUCUUACAAAGAAAAUUACAAGGAGCUAGAGGAUAAAAUUGAGGACUUGAGGUCAACAAAACUUCGCAUAGAGCAUCUUGUUGAAGCAGAAAGAAGAAAUGGAAAAGAGAUUGAAGUUGAUGUAGUAAGUUGGCAAGAAAGAGUUGAUGAGACCUUGAAAGAAGUCGAGAAGCUUGGUGAAGAUCAAACUCAUACUAGUGCACGGUGCUGGAAAUGGUCUUUUCCUAAUUUGAUAUCACGACAUCAACUUGGUAGAAAAGCAAAGAAAAUGGCAUUUACCAUUGCUGAACUGAAGGAAAAGGGGACGUUUGAUCGGGGGGUUGGGCAUGUUCCUGCUUCUGGCAUAGCAAGCUUAAUUUCUGCUACUCCAGGCAAUGAAAAGCUUGACUCAAGACUCUCAGUGCAGGAGCAGGUUAUUUUGGCUCUAACCGACCCAAAAGUAAGCAAAGUUGGAAUUUAUGGGUGGGGUGGAGUGGGGAAGACCACUCUAGCUAAAGAAGUUGCCAAACAUGUUAAGGAUGACAGGCUGUUUGAUGUGGUGGCUAUGGCAACUGGAUCCCAAACUUUGGAUGUUGAAAGAGUUCAAGAUGAGAUUGCAUAUCAAUUAGGCUUCCACUUGGAUGAGAAGACCUCCAUUGGAAGAGCUGACCGCCUAUGUGCAAGGAUAAAAUUGGAGAAAAAUAUCCUUAUCAUACUAGAUGACUUGUGGGAGGAAAUUGAUUUGGACAAGCUGGGAAUUCCUUCUGAGCAAGAUCUUAAGGGUGGAAAAUUUUCAUUGACUUCUAAACGUUUAGUUAUGCCACAGAAGAAUGAAACUUAUCAGGGUUGCAAAUUAUUGUUCACUUCUAGACGUUUAGAUAUUUUACAAAAGAAUGAGACUCAAAAGAACUUUGUUGUCGAGGCAUUGAAUAAUGCAGAAUCGAGGAGUUUGUUUGAAGAUAUAGUUGGUGAUGCUAUUAAAGAUGCAAAUUUGCAAAAGAUAGCCACCCAAGUGGUUGAAAGAUGUGCAGGUCUGCCUGUUAUGAUAGUCUCAAUUGCAAAGUCAUUAAAACAUAAUAAGAAUAUUCAUUAUUGGAAAGCUGCCUUGAACAACUUAAAGAGAGUUGAUAAUGGGGACAUGUAUGGGACUGUUUUUUCAGCCUUUGAAUUUACUUACAAUCGAUUGGAAGAUGAUGAAAUGAAGAAAGUAUUCUUGCUUUGUGGUGUACAUGGACCAUCCAUGGUCGUCCGUGACUUGUUGAAAUAUGUAAUUGGUUUGGGUAUUUUGAAGUACAUAGAUACCCUUGAAGAGGCAAGAAGCGAACUAUAUAAAAUAAUUGAUCACUUGAAGGCAUCUUGUUUGUUAAUUGAGGAUGAUGCAAGUGAGACCAAUGUGAUUAAAAUGCAUGACCUUGUUAGCGAAGUAGCUGUUUCAAUUGCUCGUAAGAAUGAAUAUGUUUUUGUGCUGAGAAAUGGCAGGAUGCAAGAUUGGCCAAGCAAGGGAUUUCUUGAAGAGUGUACUCAAAUAAUCUUAGAAAAUUAUUUUAUCCAAGAGCUUCCUCAAAAGUUAGAGUGCCCUAAUUUGAAGUUUUUUCAGUUACAAUACCCUGAUAAUUGCACUCUGGAAAUUCCAGAAUCCUUUUUUGAGGGAAUGAGAAGCCUUGAAACAUUAGAUUUGACAGGCUUGGUGAUGUCUUCAUUACCUACAUCUCUUGUUUCCUUGACCAAACUUAAAACAUUAUGUUUGGAUGAUUGCACUCUAAAACAUAUGGCCGGAAUAGGUGAUUUAAUAAAUCUAGAAGUUCUUAGUCUCAUUAAAUCAUUCAUAGAGGAGUUGCCGAGCGAAGUACAACAUCUGUCUCGUCUGAGAAUGUUGGAUCUGAGCAAUUCUAUAAUUAAGACUAUCCCACCCAAUAUUUUGUCCAAUUUGACUAAAAUAGAGGAACUUUAUGUGGGCAACGCCUCAAUUAAAUGGGAGGAGGAAAGUUCAACUAAACAAAAAAGUGCUAGUCUUGCUGAGUUUGGGUGUUUGACAAGUCUGACUGCUUUAGAAAUUCAAAUUCGUGAGUCUUGGAUGUUGCCGAGGGACAUGAUGUUUAACAAGUUAGAAAGAUAUAAGGUUGUCAUUGGAGAUAAAUGGGAAUGGUCAAGCAACAAAAGGAUCUCAAGGUUGAUAAAGCUAAAGCUUGACACUAGCAUUCAUUUAGAACAUGGAAUUAAAUCAUUGAUUAAACGAGCAGAAGAUUUGUACUUAGAUGAAGUCAAAGGAAUUUCGGAUGUGCUUUUUAAUUUGAAUGGUGAAGGAUUUCCGCUACUAAAGCAUCUCCAUAUCCAAAAUAAUGGCCAACUUCAACAUAUUAUCAACACAACAAAGAGGGAUGAAACCCAUGUUUUGUUCCCGGAAUUGGAGACGCUAAUACUUCACAAUCUCAAUAACUUAGUGAAGAUAUGUCAUGGCCCACUUCCUAUUAAUUCCUUUGGCAAAAUAACAGUCAUCAAAGUUCAAAGUUGUGACCAACUAACAUAUCUCUUCUCUGUUGCAAUGGUGAAAGCACUUCCUCAACUUGUUGAGCUCCAAGUUUUGAAAUGCAGUUCAAUGGAGAGGAUUGUGUCAACUGAAAAUGAAGAUGGUGGAAUAACUAGUGAUAACAAGAUUGAGUUUCAUUCACUAUGUUCUCUGAGUCUUUGUCAUUUACCAGUCAUUCAUGAUUUCUGCUCAAAGGACUUGACAUCUUUUGUGACAGCCACAUCAUUAUUUAAUGGCAUUAAGGUUACUUUUUCUAGUUUGGAGACCCUGAAGUUGAGUUCAAUCAAUCUGGAAAAAAUUUGGGAUGAUCAUCACCUUUCUGCAGCGAAUUGUAUUCACAAUUUGGCUAACUUGAUAGUUGAGGAUUGCAGAGGCCUCAAGUAUCUAUUCUUAUCUUCUCUGAUUGGAAGUCUUUUAAAACUUAAACACCUUGAAAUAAGCAAAUGUGAGAUGAUGGAGGAGAUCAUUGCUCCAAGUGGCAUUGUUUCACAAGAGGUCAGGUUCACAAAAUUGGAGACGAUGGUAGUUAAAGACAUGGAAAGCUUGAAGAAAGGAACGUUUGGAAGCCUUGAGACUUUGAAGGUCAGCGAUUGUGGUUCAGUAGAAGAGAUAUUCGAAUUAACUGCCAAAGAAGUCCGUAAUGAAGACGAAACAACCAUACAAGUCUCACAAUUGACGAAACUCCAUCUCUUUGGCUUGCCAAAGCUGAAGCAAAUUUGGAGUAGAGAUGCUCAAGCAAACUUUAGUUUCCAUAAUUUGCAACUUGUGGGUGUUGAAGACUGUGAAAACUUGGAAUACCUUUUUCCAUUCUACAUUGCAAUGCAAGCUACUCAACUUGAAGAUAUUACCAUAAAAUAUGCAGGGAGAAUGAAACGAAUUAUUUCAGACAAAGAAGGCCCCAUGUAUGGUCCAGUCAAAUUUGAAUUUAAUCACUUGACCUCUUUGGUACUUUGGCAGUUAUUUGAACUUGAGGGACUUUUUCCUGGAAAAUAUAGUAUACUAUGUCCAUUAUUAAGGGAAUUAGAUGUCUUCGCUUGUUGGAAGUUGAAGCUCUUCAAGACUCAAAGUACAGGUGGACAAGACAGAGUUUUUGAUAGUAAACUACAAAUCUCAAUGCAGCAACCUCUUUUCACAUUUGAAGAGGUGAUUUGCAACUUGGAGAUGUUGGCCAUACGUAGUGAGGAUGCAAGCAUGAUAUUACAGGGGAAACUUUCAGAGAAACACUUCAGCAAACUCAAAUAUCUUACUUUGACAAGUUUUGAAGAUGUCAACACUACUUUUCCCUAUUGGUUUCUCCAAAACAUCACCACUCUCUAUCUGCUACAAGUUGCAUAUAGUUCCUUCAAGGAGAUAUUCCAAGAAGAAAUAACGACAGAUGACAGAGAAAAAUUUAAGAUCAGAACGCGAGUUAAAGCAUUGUCACUCAGUCAAUUGCAUGAUCUCCAGCAUAUAUGUAAAGAAGGAUUUCAAUUAGACCCAGUUCUUGAGGUACUUAAACUCUUAUAUGUGGGUCACUGUUCCAAAUUGAAACACUUAGUGCCUUCCUCGGUAACUUUUAGUCAGUUGACAUAUUUGGAGGUGGAAAAUUGCAAUGGAUUGAUUCACUUGAUUACCUCAUCAACCGCAAGAAGUCUGGUCAAAUUAUCAACAAUGAAAAUAAAGAACUGCAAUUCACUUGAGCAAAUUGUGGCGGCAGAAGAGAAGGAGGGGUCUCAAGAUGAAAUUGCAUUCAGCAACUUACAAAUUUUGGAGCUGGAGUGUCUGCCAAUGAUCAAAAGGUUUUGCUCUAGUAAUUGUGUGCUGAACCUUCCAUUUUUGGUGAAAGUUGUUGUUAAGCAAUGCCCAAGAAUGAGGAUCUUCUCUCUGAACAACACAAGCACCCUGAUGCUUCAAGAGAUACUAUCAAAGGAAGAAGAUGAAAAAAUGUAUUGGGAAGGUGACCUAAAUAAGACUAUACACAAGAUGUUUGAUGAUAUGGUUGCAUUUCGUGGUUUUAAGCAUUUAGAGCUAUAUCAAUAUCCCGAGUUAAGAGAAUCGUGGUACAACCAAGUUCAACAGGGAGUGUUUGUUAAUUUGAGGAAUCUUGUAGUGCAGAAAUGUGAUUUUUUAUCAGAUGUGCUUCUGCCUUUAAAUUUGGUGCAAGCGCUAUCCAACUUAGAGGAGCUUCAAGUGAGUGAAUCUGAGUCAUUGGAAGCUGUGUUUGAUCUAACCAACAUGGAUCGAAAGGAAGUCUUUGUUAAGGAGACCAUUCCGCUGAAGAGAAUAACUCUCUCUAGUCUGCCUAAGCUCAAACACAUAUGGAAACAGAACUUCCAAGAAACUAUCAGUUUUAGAGAAACAACAGAAGGUCAUAUCCAGCGUCACCGUCCAGCAUGUUCCAUUCAACAGGUACGUUUCCCCAGUUUGCAGCUUGUGUGUGUUGAAGACUGUGAGACCAUGGAAUACCUAUUUCCACUCUCCAUUGCAAUGCAAACUACUCAACUUGAACGUAUUACCAUAAAGAAAGCAUGGAGGAUGAAAGUAAUUGUUUCGGGCAAAGAAGGCCUCAUGGACAGUCCUAUUAAAUUUGAGUUUAAUCACUUGACCUCUUUGGUGCUUUGGCAAUUAUUUGAACUUGAGGGGCUUUUUGCUGGAAAAUAUAGUAUACUAUGUCCAUUAUUAAGGGAAUUAGAUGUCCGCCAAUGUGGGAAACUGAAGCUCUUCAAGACACAAAGUACAAGUGGUCGAGAAAGAGUUUUUGAUCAUAAACUCCAAAUCUCAAUGCAGCAGCCUCUCUUCACUCUUGAAGAGGUGAUUUGCAACUUGGAGAUGUUGGCCAUACAUAGUGAGGAUGCAAGCAUGAUAUUACAGGGGAAACUUUCAGAGAAACACUUCAGCAAACUCAAAUAUCUUACUUUGACAAGUUUUGAAGAUGUCAACACUACUUUUCCCUAUUGGUUUCUCCAAAACAUCACCACUCUCGAUUUGCUACUAGUUGAAUAUAGUUCCUUCAAGGAGAUAUUCCAAGAAGAAAUAACUACAGAUGACAGAGAAAAAUUUAAGAUCAGAACGCGAGUUAAAGCAUUGUCACUCAGUCAAUUGCAUGAUCUCCAGCGUAUAUGUAAAGAAGGAUUUCAAUUAGACCCAAUUCUUGAGGUACUUGAAAUCUUAUAUGUGGGUCACUGUUCCAAAUUGAAACACUUAGUGCCUUCCUCCGUAACUUUUAAUCAACUGACAUAUUUGGGGGUGGAAAAUUGCAAUGGAUUGAUUCACUUGGUUACCUCAUCAACCGCAAGAAGUCUGGUCAAAUUAUCAACAAUGAAAAUAAAGAACUGCAAUUCACUUGAGCAAAUUGUGGCGGCAGAAGAGAGGGAGGGAUCUGAAGAUGAGAUUGCAUUAAACAGCUUACAAAUUUUGGAGCUGGAGUGUCUGCCAAUGAUCAAAAGGUUUUGCUCUAGUAAUUGUGUGCUGAACCUUCCAUUGUUGGUGAAUGUUGUUGUUAAGCAAUGCCCAAGAAUGAGGAUAUUCUCUGAGGGAGACACAAGCACCCCAAUGCUUCCUUGGAUACUGUCAAAGGAAGAAGAUGAAAAGUUGUAUUGGGAAGGUGACAUAAACAGAACAAUAAACAAGAUGUUUGUGGAUAUGGUGGCAUUCCAUAGUUUUGAGCAGUUAGAGCUAUCUCAGUAUCCAGAGUUAAGAGAAUCGUGGUACAACCUUGUUCAACAGGGAGUGUUUGUUAAUUUGAGGAAUCUGGUAGUGCAGAAAUGUGAUUUUUUAUCCGAUGUGCUUCUACCUUCAAGUUUGGUGCAAGCGCUAUCCAACUUAGAAGAGCUUCAAGUAAGUGAAUGUGAUUCAUUGGAAGCUGUGUUUGAUUUAAGCAACAUGGAUCGAAAGGAAGUCUUCGUUAAGGAGACCAUUCCACUGAAGAGAAUAACUCUCUCUAGUCUACCUAAGCUCAAACACAUAUGGAAACAGAACUUCCAAGAUACUGUCAGUUUUAGAGAAACAACAGAAGGUUAUAUCCAGCGUCACCGUCCAGCAUGUUCCAUUCAACAGGUACGUUUCCCCAAUUUGCAGCUUGUGUGUGUUGAACACUGUAGGACCAUGGAAUACCUUUUUCCACUCUCCAUUGCAAUGCAAGCUACUCGACUUGAACGUAUUGCCAUAAAGAAUGCAAGGAGGAUGAAACAUAUUGUUUCAGGCAAAGAAGGCCUCAUGGACAGUCCUAUUAAAUUUGAGUUUAAUUACUUGACCUCAUUGGUGCUUUGGAAUUUAUAUGAACUGGAGGGAUUUUUUGCUAGAAAUCAUGGUGUACUAUGUCCAGUAUUAAGGGAAUUAGAUGUCCGCCUUUGUGUGAAAUUGAAGCUCUUCCAGACUCAAAGUACAAGUGGCCAAGAAAGACUUUUUGAUAGUAAACUCCACAUCUCAAUGCAGCAGUCUCUUUUCACACUUGAAGAGGUGAUUUGCAACUUGGAGAGAUUGGCGCUAAAUAGUGAGGAUGCAAGCAUGAUACUACGAGGGCAAUUUUCAGGGGAACAAUUCAGCAAACUCAAAUUUCUUUAUUUGGUAAAUUUUGAUGAUGACCAUGUUAGUUUUCCGUAUUGGUUUCUCCAAAACAUCACCACUCUCGAUGGGCUACUUGUUGAGCGGAGUUCUUUCAAGGAGAUAUUCCAAGAAGAAAUGCCUAUAGAUCACAGAGGAAAAUUUAAAACUGGAACACGACUUGAAGUUUUGACACUCAGUAAUUUACAUGAACUCCAGCACAUAUGUAAAGAAGGAUUUCAAAUAGACCCAGUUCUUGAGGUACUUGAAACCUUACAUGUGGAUCAAUGUUCCAAAUUGAAACACUUGGUGCCUUCCUCGGUAACUUUUAGUCGGUUGACAUAUUUGGAAGUGGAAAAUUGCAAUGGAUUGAUUCACUUGAUUACCUCAUCAACCGCAAGUAGUCUGGUCAGAUUAUCAACAUUGAAAAUAACUAACUGCGAUUCACUUGAGCAAAUUGUGGCGGAAGAAGAGAGGGAGGGGUCUCAAGAUGAAAUUGCAUUCUGCAGCUUACAAAUUUUGGAGCUCGAGCGUCUGCCAAUGAUCAAAAGGUUUUGCUCUAGUAAUUGUGUGCUGAACCUUCCAUUGUUGGUCAACGUUGUUGUUAAGCAAUGCCCAAGAAUGAGGAUCUUCUCUGAGAGAGACACAAGCACCCCCAUGCUUCAAAAGAUAUUAUUAGACGAAGAAGAUGGUAAAGUGUAUUGGGAAGGUGAUCUAAAUAGGACCAUAAAGAAGGUGUUCGCGGAUAUGGCAAUUAGAGAAGAAGGGAGCUAUGCGGACUCUUCAAGUGAUAUUACAGAAAGUAGUCAAACUCAUGAAAUGACUGCAAAUACUACGGGAACAUCAAGCUCCGAGGAGCAAGUAGGACAAUCAAAGUCUAAUCAGAUUACAGAAACUGGGAAGCAAGAAACACACAAACUUCCAAGUCAAUCUCAUGACAAAGAGCAGAAUGAGAAAGCCUCGUCAGGUAUUGAGACGCCUCUAGCUCAGGUUGCCCAGAAUGCCUCCAGCCCUUCUACAAAUCAAGAUACAGGUUUAGCUGAGGGGACUCGAGAGAUUGGUGAGAACAUUGAAAGGCCAUUGGUUGAAGCUACUAAAAUUGCUCUUAGCCCGACAGAAAUUUAUGAUGCAGUAACAGGGACACAUGAGACAAUUGAUCAGAUGCCCUUAGUUCAGCCUCCUCAAAAACAUAUUGAGUCCUACCACAAUAUGGAAGAGAUGAAUGAAAUUGUUGAGAAGCCCUUAAUUCAAACUGCUCAAGAAGCACAAAGACCAGCUGUGAUACAAGACAUAGGUGCUGGAACUCAAGAGAUUCAUGACACCAUGGAAAAACCCUUAAUUCAAACUGACCGAGAUGCAGAGAAACUCACUACAGCACAAAGCACAGGUUCUUAUCCUGUUUUGUAUUUUUGCUUGUCUUGGUUAUAUUCUUUGGAUGAACUAGCUCAUGAUAGAGGUGUUUAUAAAAAUCUACCAGAAGAACCGUGUGAUUCGUAUAUUGGGACUCAAAAGGUAUGCGACACCAUCAAAAAGCCUUCAGUUCCAACUGCUCAAGAUAUGUCAAACUCAACCAUGAUUCCUGAAGCAGCUAUUGAUCCGUCACCUUCACAAGCUUCGGAACCUAUGAUUUCACCAGUACAGAAAUCAAACAUUUAUACAAACUACAUGAAAAUGAUUGACAUCCUUGAACAAAACAUGCCAUAUUUGGAGGCUGGGGUGAAGCGCCAUCCUCAAGUGCUUGAUUGGCUCAACACAGAGCGACAAAGAGUGUUUGCUUCCUCCUCUUUUUCCUUAUUUGCUGAAGUGACUCGCAUUUUGAGGACCACUCGAAGAGGCCACUUGACAGAAGAUGAUAGGAACCACAUCAAAAAGUGUUGCAGCAUCUUAGAAGUGGUUGGUUUUGAUGCUUCAUGGCUCAGUUACGUGUAUAAAUGCAUUGAGGAAUGUGGUGAUGGAGAAGACAUUAAGAGGAGGGUUGAGGAGACCAAAGGUCAAGCUUUCAGUCUCGAAGCUCAGCUUGAGUCCAUCAAGAACGAGUUAGCUUCUGUGAAGGAGUCCUUAGCCUUUUUGCUUGACAAGGCUGGCAAGCUGGACGACUUCAUUGAAUCCUGA